ACCUCAGGAAGUCAGGAGUCAGGCUCAGAGUCAGCUGUCAGACUCAGAUACCGAAGUAUUAGGUACCUAAUACAACUAACUUAUAUUAACAUUUUUUUAUAACUAAUAACUAUAUUAUUUCGGAAUCUGAGAGAGUAAUGAUUGAACAACAUGGAUUUCGCACGUAAACAGCUUGAAAAGUAUGGCUGGACCGACGGCAAAGGACUUGGUAAAUACGAAAAUGGCAUAUCUCAGGCGUUGAAACCGAAGUUAAAGCGAGGUGUUACAGGUAUAGGACAUGAUGCUGCAGCAGAAUUUACGGAACAUUGGUGGACCAAACUGUACAACACUGCAGCCAGUAAUGUUGAAGUCACAGAAAAAAACGGAAAAACAAAGAAAAUUAAAAGCAAAGAUGCUGAUUUUGAAAUAACCAAUUCCACAUGGUCUUAUAAAAAGAAAAAUAAAACAAAAUCAAAGAAAGAAUACACUAACUUCUUUGUAAAAACAUCCAUUCUAACUAAUGGCGGAGUAAAAACUGAAGAUUUAGAAGAACCAGAGAAUUUAGAGGUUAACAAUGGGGAUGUUGUAAAACUGACAGAUGAAGAGUUAUUUGCAGCUUGUGAAGGAAGGACAGCACAUAAGGGUGCCCGUCAUGGAGUAAAAGCUUUGGGAAAAUUAGCAAGAAUUGAGAUGCAAGAACAAAUGUUGCUGCAACAAACAAAAUACAAUGGAUAUUCUAAACCAAAGAAACAUAAAGCUAAUAAUACAGUUGAAGAUGGAACUAUAUUAAAUAAUAGUGAAGACAAAGACAAAAGACAGAAAAAGAAAACAAAGGAUGACUGUUCAAGUCAUACAGAGGUCAGUAGAUGCACAGAAAAUUUUAAACAUGUAAAAGAUAAAUGGACAAACAGUACAACAUUAGAGGCAAAUCUGUACAAUACUGCAGAAAGUGGAGGCAUCAAAUGUGGAAAAAAGAAAAAUCUGUUACUCACACAUGACACUGAAACAAAUGUAGAAUGUACCCCAUUAGAAGUAAAGAAAAAGAAAAUAAAAAAGUGUAAGCUAAAAACAGAUAAACCGGAUGAUAAUGAAACAAUAAAUGCCCAAGAAACACCUAUUAGAAAUAAUGAUGGUAAUAAUAUUGUUACAGUAGAGAAGCAAAAAAAAAGUGAUGUAAUGGAAUAUUUAAAUGUUGAUGUAAAGGCCAAGAAAAGUAAAAAAAAGUCUAAAUAACUUUCGUUACAUUUUAUUAUGUAUUUUUAUUGCAUCAUAUAUAUAUCUAUAAAAAAAGAAAAGGCCUUGGGAACAGUUUUAAAAUUUAUUAAAAUUACUCAUAGAAUAGGAAUGGAAUAGGUACAAUAUUUAAAUACUCUCAUUUGUACUAUAAUUUUCAUAUAAAAAAAAGAAAUAUCAACCAUAAAUUGCACAAUAUGCCCUUUA